CUUCCAAAUAAUCGUUUAUUUUCUAUGGAUGAUCUAUUCGAAGACAAACUUCUGCUUCUUCGGCUAUAUUACCCAGCAGUAGCACAAGAAAUUUUGAAAGAUUUCCUCACAAACUGCGACGGGGAUCUUGACGCGACGCGUUCAUUGAUUGAUGGCAAACCGAGGCCGAAAAAGAGACAGAGUUCUGCCCAAGCUGCACUCACUAAAUUCACCCAGAAGAGGCCAAAGCCCAAUUCCAAAAAUGUUUUUGAAAGUGACGCCACCUCUCACAGCCCAAAAACUGCUCCUGCUGCACAUUCAGGAGAUCGGCAGAACGUAAGAAAUGUCCUGCCAAUCAUCACGCUCAAUACGCCUCUGGAUGUUGAUGAACAUCUUUCUCCUUACGCGUCUCUUCACUUGAAUUUUCUUCCAGAAUCAAUCAGCAAUCGACUUGUGCACGAUCUCGUAGAAAAACAGGAGGCUUUCCGCAGUAACAAGUUUCAUUUGUUUGGAAAUCAAUGUGAACUGAACAGUUCUACGGGUGUUUUUGCUCGGCCAGCUGCUCCAUAUUCUCAGUUGGUAUUCAAUGGUCUCAAAAUGCCGAAACCAUUUCCUUACUCCAAGAGUAUGGAAGAGGUAUCAGAGUGCGUUGAAACCUUUUUGAACGAAAAAGUAAUACCACAGUCUCAGAGGCUCAAAUGGCAGCUGAAUGAACCCUGGACAAAUGAUUUCUCAGUGGUUAAUUGCUAUGAGAAACUCCAGAACAAUAUGGAUUGGCACUCCGAUCGCCUUUCCCAUAUCGGCCCUCAUAAUUACGUUGCAUCGAUAUCCUUGGGCACUACAAGAAUGUUUCGGUUACGGAACACAUACAAAGAGCGUGCCCCCAUAUACCAGAUACCUCUUCCGCACAAUAGUCUUUUCAUUAUGAGACCAGGAUGCCAAGAGGAAUUUAAGCACUGUGUGAGCCCCAUGCUGAAGGCCAUCGAUGUACAUCCAGUGCUUGGCACAACACGAUUUGGAAUCACUGCCAGGUGUUAUACAACAUUCUUGAUCGAAAACCUGCCAAGAUGUAAGUGUGACACAAAAAUGGUAUUACGACGUUCGCAUAAGUCUCUCGUCAAUAGAGGUAAAUAUUUCUGGCUGUGUGAAAAUGUUUACCAAAAUAAAGGGUGCAAUUCAUUCUAUUGGUGUGAUUUUACUAAUGUGGAGGGUAAUUACACGGCCAAAGAUGAUAGUAAUAUAUCAAUCUGGAUAGCACCAGAAGACACGGACAAGCUAAACUAUGAUAAAAACUUUUCAAUAAAUACGGAAACAUGAAGGGCUAUUUGAAUUUUGAGUUUUUGUUUCUUGUUAUCCACAAUAAUCUCUCCCGGGAAUCAAGAGAUUUAACAUUCAGAAAACUGGGUCAACAUUCGUGCCCUAGGUUCUUUUUUUUUUGGUACAUUCAUCCGAUUGAAGGAAUAAGACUUACAAUAAUAUACAGUAAACCUUCAAUAAGCUCUCAGAUACGUACCUAGUGUCGAAACACAACCCGUUCUCUUUCGUUAAUCAUGGCCUGCAU